AUGACGGCCUGUGAUUGCAUAUCCCAGGAUGUGUGUGACGAAUGCACAUGCAAUUGUAAACGAGGACGUUGUUCAGUGUGUAAUAGCGCGUGCAAGAAGUGUAAGUGUGCUUGCAACGGUACGAAUGGCGCAAGGAAACGUGGUCGUCAGAAGGGAUUCACCAAGGUAGUAGGCAAGGUGCAGCGUACUUCAUCAGGACACACAUCAGCUAAGAGAGCAUGUUUAGAUAUUGCGGAGAGUAUACGUGCGCUUGAUACUCCAUCACGUGCUAAGAGUGCGCCAAGUGAGACAUACACACUCUCUGAAAGUCAAAACUUUGUCACAAUCAGCACGAAUAGUAACGAACGUCUAAAUACAAUAGAAAUCUCACGGACAUUUGGAUGGAGUCGUAACAGUAGAAGGGCCUUGCCUAGUACAGAGUUAUGCACUAACAACACUGAAAUCCAAAGAACACAUCCAAAUGGCUGGAGUUGCAUGUCUCAAAUUGUGCUCAAGGCUGCUACCCGUGUAGCAAACAUAGUAUAUCCAGCAGAUGCAGAUGCUUUGUUGCGUAACAUUGCAAGCUCUCUCGGUGCUGCAAGCAAUCCAUCUGAAGACGUCAAUAAACUCCCUGGUGGGCGAGUAUUAAACUGA